GUCACCUGUAAUGUGAUGAUAAUUAACAACAGGGUGGCAUCACGUGACUGAUCUUGAUUUGCUACAGGUGUUCAUCUUUCCUGGAGGCAGCGUCUGCUAUGUAGAUUUUGUGUGCUUACAUUUGAUCUUUGUUAAACCUGUUUGUAACGUUUGAAAAAUAAGGAUUUUUCAAAUCACCAUGGGUCAUUGAUUAAUGCGCCAUGAUGUCCGACAUAAACGUCUCCAUCGCAUCACAUGUGGACUUGAAUGUCACGGAUCUACAGAGGACACUGGAGGCUCACCGCCCCAUUAAAAUUGGAAUUAUAUCAGUUUUGGGAGUGAUGAUAACUUUGGGAAACAUUGCUGUAGUGAUGGUCAUAGCUUCAGCUGUUUCGGGGUGGUCGAGAAACUCUCGCUACUUUCUUUUAUCGUUAACGGGAGCGGACUCGGCGUUUGGACUGCUUAUCAUGCCGCUAAAUCUGUGCGUGAGUUUCAUGAAGGAAUAUAACAAGGGCCCGGACCCCUUCUGUCACGUCGUGGCAUUUUUCAACGCAACUAUUUAUUCCACCUGCAUGUACACGCUCGCAACCAUCAGUCUGGAAAGAUACAUCGCGGUGUUUUACCCUCUGAAAUACUCCACCGUGUUGACCAGGAGAAGAGCUCUGCUUUUAAUCUCGUUCGCGUGGAUUUUCCCUCCUCUCCUCCUCGUUCCCAUCUCGUUCCCAGCGGGCAUCAUUGAAGUGCACUUCUCCAGAGCGUCUCUCGUCUGCAACCCCAUGUACUCCAGCAACGUCACUUACUCCCUCACGCUGACGUGCUUCAUCUUCUUCCCGUGCUCGGCCAUCAUGACCUUCUGUAACCUCAGACUGUGGAUAGCAGCCAAGAGACAGAGGUUAAAGUUGAGAAGACACAGCUGGGGUGGAGGAUACAGGCCUAAAGUCGCCUUACGCGUUCUAGUGCCAGUCAUGACCGUUUACUACACCUGCUGGACGCCCUGCAUGGUCAUCAUGCUUUACAAUGCGAUUUCAGGCAGUGGUGUCCCAGAAUGGAUUGAGUUCAUUGCUGUGUGGUUACCAACCUCCAAUGGCUUCCUCAAUUGUAUCUUCUACUUCUGGAUCAACCAUAGCUUUAGAAGGAAAUUCCAUCUGGUUCUUCAGAGACUAUGUCUUGGACUUUGUCCAGGUUCUGACAGUAAUUCCAGUUGCUUCAACUCUGUAGAAUCCUCUGUGAUUCCUGAAUGGAACGGUAACAACUCUCUCCAUGAGCGGUUUUCUAGCGUGUCGUCCACUUUCGCUCUCCUAAUGCUCAUGCCACAUCAGACCAACAUGCGUGAACCAGAGCCGGCUUGAGAAUCCUUUUAUUCUUGUGAUCUGAUGAAGUUUUAAAAGCUCUGGUCAAGUUGAAGACGUCAUGAGUGCAACUGAUAUGUUAUUAACCAGAUCGGACAGAGUUUUCUCCAAUACGUGUCUUUUUAAUCACAAGUUAGCAUUCGAAAACACUCAUAUUUCCAAAGCUUCAUGCUCUUUUAGUUUAAUGCUAUUUGUGCCUUUUAACUUCUUGAUGGCACCUUCUCGUGUUCACUCAGACCAGGUUUCUUAGUCUCAUUGAAGUCUUGUUUCUUAACUGAAAUGGUUUUGCGUCUUUGUUUGCCAUUUCAGGUUAAACAUGCAAGAGCCUUUGAAACAUUUGCACACAAUUCCUUAUCUAUUCGUAAGCGCAAUAUAAAGCAGCUGUGGAAGUUUAACCUUUAAAUCUCAGUUAUGCAGUUUAUGCAGAAGGGGAAGUAAUUAGCCAGGUACGUAAUGUAAAGGUCAGAUCAAAUAUGCCUUUUGGCUUUAACCUUUUCUGUUUCAUGACAUUUCCAUUGCAUCUUUGAAGCAAACAUUAAUUUUUAUGUUCAAUUAAGUUGGUUUUUUGGUCAGGGUCAGACAUGGGGAACAUCGUACGGCCAGCAUUACCGAACUGUAAAUAAACCAUGGAGCCGGAGUGAAUGCUGAAUAAAGUGGUCGUGCUUCAAGGGUGAAGCUUUAUGCAUCUUUUUGAUUGCGUUGUACUAGAAUAACUGUAAAUCUGGAUUUUAAGUUUGUUUUAGCAUAAGCACUUGUUGCAGAAUGAUGAAUUUAAAUUGGGGGGAAAAAAUACAUCCUGUGGUGGAGGGUGCAUAUAAAGAGCUGUUAAUGACCUGGGAGUGAUAAACCCUGAAAGAAUGAUUGAUUACAAAAAGUUUAAAGGUUUUUGAUGUGUAAAUAAUUUUUUAUAUGGUUUAUAAAAGUGUUUGUGAAAUGUUAAGACUUAAUUGUUGUAAAAUAAAGCGUCAAAGCCUAUA